GUGGAGAACGGCUAUGCAUUGCAUUCUCCGGAGUCGUACUUCACGUACUUCCGCAAGAAUAACGUGACCACAAUUGUUCGGCUCAAUAAGAAGCUGUACGACGCGAACCGAUUCAUCGACAAUGGUUUCGAUCACAGGGACCUCUUCUUCAUCGAUGGAAGCACUCCAAGCGAUGCCAUUAUGAGAGAGUUUCUCGACAUCUCUGAGAAUACUAGCGGAGCCGUUGCCGUUCACUGCAAGGCUGGUUUGGGCCGAACGGGAACUCUAAUCGCCUGUUAUAUUAUGAAACACUACAAAUUCACGGCCGCAGAAGCUAUCGCUUGGAUACGAAUCUGUAGACCCGGUUCUAUAAUCGGCUUUCAACAGCAUUGGCUUCAAGAAAAAGAGACGUAUCUUUGGCUUCAGGGAGACAUUUGUCGCAACAAAACGUCGACUAAAAACCAGAAUUUGAUUAACAAUAACAACGAAGACAUAAUCAAUAAGAAU